AUGCCUAGUUCCGGUUUCUGGUUUAUCUCUAACCUUGAUAUUAAUGAUUUUGACAUAUUUGUAGAUGAUACAUCUGAUAAGGAGUUCUUCGAGUCAAUCAACCCGAAGAGUGACUUUAACAACGAUGGCGACGCCUUAGAGACAUAUCUUUAUGAGAAAUCUCUCAAAGUUCAACCAAAGGAGGCGGACAGAAUUCCAGAUGUGAAACCCAAGCGAUCAUUGCACGUGCUGAAAUCACCGGGAAUAAAACCUCCUAAAUCAAAUCACUACUCCACAAGUCAUCAUCAUGCCGGCACCAGUUGCAGCACGCAAUCUUCGACGGCACCGAGUACACCGAGGCCGGACGGAGAAGGAUCGCGACCUACGCUUUUAACUCCACCUGAAGAUGGUGCACAUUUCUCGCUUAUAGACAUAACACCAGGACAACAUCCUAAGUUUUUUGGCGACGUACCAAGGCGAACAUACAAUAUAGGCCAAUUGCAACCACCUCCGUUAAUUCCACGUAAGGCGCAGAAAUCUGCAAUCGCUACUUCGCCGCUGGGUGCUCCUAGUGCUUCAUUACCGGCGCCACCGCUCCACCCUCGACGAACACUACCGAUGAAUUCGUCACCAUCUAAUCGAUCCCCAAAAACUCCGGUUCGAGCGUCAGACCAUGCACCGUCAGCGUUUGUUUUCCCAACAAUCGAAGCUCAAAAUUCGCCUCCACCAGCACUUCCACCACGCGUUACUGGUUUAGCGACGUCAACGACAGCAUCCGCCACGAUGUCGAACAAUGAACAACUUCGAGUACUGCCUGAUCGGGCAUUUGGUGAGUCUAGUUCACCAACAGUCUGCUUAUCGGUGCCAUUACCACCAGCCUUACCACCACGUCGUGGUACUGCAGCGCAGCAAACUCCACCACCACUGCCACCAAAAAUGUACUUUGAUCGUUUGUCGCGUACGACCGGCAGUCCGUCAUUACAACGCACGAGCGUAUCACCUUUAUCACCAGACACACCACCUCCGUUGCCGCCGAAGACAUACAAGAUACGUAAGCAGAACGACAGCCCGACGACUCUGACGACGCCAUCGUGUUGA